ACAGCAACCACACUAACCUUGAUUGCUGAGUCAGGAAAGAAAGACUUGUGUCAGUGAGCUGCUGUUUUCAAUCAUGGAUUUCCCAGGAACAUCCAGGAGGAUCCCCGCGUGGAAAAGAUGGGUUUCUCAAUAUACACACCAUCAUCUUGCUGUCUUUCUUCUGACCUUCUUCAGGUAGGGAUUACAAUGUGUGCUCCCUGCACUGUAUCUGUUUUACACUACAGUACACACUUUUGCACUUGCAUCUUGAGCUUUAUACUGUACAUGGAUAAAUAUUCAUACAUGCGUUCAUGCAAACAUAGACAUUCACAUUCUUCAGACACUUAGAUACACCCACUCAUGCAUACAGCUGUGUAUAUUCACACACUGGAAGGAUGUAGGAUUAUAUCACUACCUCCAUGCUGUGGACAUGCAUAUGUUCCACUGAAAAGCAUGGGGAGCUUUGAAGCUGUUUCUGUUGCCUGAGCAUGCAGAGACAGCUUUCUGUCUUCUAGACCAUGGGGCUUUGCAUCAGAGAUAUUUCAUUUCCCUGAUCAAUUGGGACACAUUUUUCUGCAGCAGUUCCAAUUUUUGUGCUACCACACUGAUAUAAAAGCAGUGAUCUGUGAAACCCUGGUUUAGGACCAGCAUUUGUUUAGGGAUUUCACUGUGCCCUGAAUGCUGUCUGUAGCAGAGUAGUAGUAUUAUCCACGGUAUCUCCGCUAGUAGACAGAAUAAAACAGGUACAAAGCAGGCAAAAUCCAGGUAGCGUAGUUACAAUCCCUUUCUCCCAAUAACUAGACGACACAUAGCUUGGAAGUCAGCUGAGUUUUUUGUAAUUACAGGCACAGUAUUUAUGUGGUUACAAUUGUAUGGGGUUUCCCGAGUCACAAUGCAGGGUUUGUCCAGUAGGGGACUACAUGGGGGACUGAGUUUUUGACAGAGUACCCAGCAUACAUUGCUGUACCAAGGAGAUAAUAUACCCAGAAUGCAUUGCUAAUGGGAUUAUCCCUUGGUACAGAGAAAUACAGUUUUCAUAUUAAAAUCCAUAACCAACAUAAUAUUUGUGCUAGACAGCUAUUUAACCAUUUAUUACAUAGUUGGGACCUGGGCGCACAGUUAAGGGAACUUGCGCUCAGAUCCCAGCACAAAUAACUGAACGCGGUUCAGUUUCCUUUAUCAGGACCACUUUGUUUAACCGAUUGCCUGAACUGAGGGAAUGAAAGUCCCGAAACGGCAAACUCCCGAACGGCUCGGAAGUCCAGCGGGGCUUGUGUUGCCGAGUAGCCGAUUUUAGUUCCAGGCACUCGACGACAAAACGCUGGUUUUCCGCGAACAAAGAUGGCCGCCACCUCGUGUUCGGUACACGAAUGGCGUCCACCCGCAACAGACCUUAAUCAGCACAGAUACGAUGUUGCAAAGUACCUAAUUGGAGACACGCAACCUGCUAUGGGUGGUCUCCCAUUCGGUACUUUGCUUAUUCUACGAACAGUGUGGUGAUUCACUGUUCGUGGAUAACCAGACUUAACAUUAGCGGUAUUCGUGUGUUGUAACACACGAAUGCCGCAUACAUUGCACAAUACAGAUAACAGUGGCAGAAAUAUACAGUUUGCUUAAAUAUACUGUUUAAGUCUAUAAGUGGCUAGAUUUGCCACACUGUCUUUUGUGAUAGUUUCCUGUAAAGCCACCAAUCUUGAUAAGCUCCCAAUCUCAUAAUUUUAUUUUUCUUCACUUGGAUCUGUGUUUAGGAAUUGUCUACUUGAACAAGAACACUUUGAUAAAGCAGAAUUAGCAAAAUACUGUUUUCAAUUGUUGUGCCAUUUGUUACAUUUAACCUCUAUGUUCAUAUGCUUUUUAUUAUUUAGUUAUGCACUCCUUCAUGCAUCUAGAAAAUCCUUCAGUAAUGUGAAAGUCAGCAUAUCCAGCCAAUGGACUCCAUCAAACUUUAAUAGCUCGGAGGGUCUGUUCCCAAACGAGGUGAGUUCUUUACUAGAAUUAAGUGACAUAAUUUAUACUUUUGCUUCAAUGGUAGAGGAUAUUGAUGCACACAGCCUAUCUGGCGUAAAAGUAGCCUUUAGCCUUGUACACAAAGCUUGUAGCAGUAAAGAAAGUAGUUUAUUUACUACUCCACAACGCUUUUCAGUGACUGCUGAUCUGGCUGCAAGUAUGUUCACGAAGUAUCACACACAUACUGUUGUGCUCUUUUGUUGUUGCUGCUGUUAUCGUAGUACAGUGACAAGACAUGCAUGUUUUGUGAAAUUGGUACAGGUGAUAACUACCACAUUAAAAAAAAAAAAGGCAAGGAAUAAUAUCAGCAGCCCAGAAAGCCAGCAUGCUUCAGUCUGAAACAUUAAUGAUAAUGCAGUACAUAAGAUGGCAUUGCUUUCAUAUGUAUAUUCCCCAGAAUAAGUGCACAAUUCUAAUAUUAUAUUUACUUUUCUCUACCAAAGAUAAUAUGGCUCUUUAAAGGGUUACUCAAAGUAUCUUGACCACUUCAGUGAUUUGAAGUGGCCGUGGUGCUCAGAAUGUUAAUGUCCAGAGUUUCAGUAUCAGUAUGUACAGAGACAUGCGAUGACACUGCUGGAUGUGUAAUUUCACCACUGUCUGCAUCAUUAGUUUGCUCUCCCUACAGUGAGGGAGAAUAUAUGCUUUUCUUUCUUUUUUUAAAGGGAUGCCAGCAAUGAUUACUUAAACUUUUAUAAACACUAUUUUAGUUUGGAUUAACCCUUUAAAGGAAAGUUUUUGUGGAAGAAAGUAGUACUUUUGAUGGGAUUGUUCUAACUUGAGCAUCAUAUAAGUAAUGUAUUAAAACAAUAAGAAAAGAAGUUUCACAUUUAUUUAUAUUUUAAAUAGGGUCAGAUGUUAACUUAAUAUUCAUUAUAAAUGGUCAGUUGUAUUAAAACUGUGGCCAAGUUUUUUUGUUCAUGAAACUAAGACACUAAUAUUUGAGUGGAUGCAAGUGAGCCACAGUGCAAACAUAUUCAUAUUGUUUGGUUUAGUGGGAUGUGGGCUGUAAAGGAUUUCCCUGCAUUCACCUGUGUUCAUUCGGUUGUGUCCUCUCCCUGCUCUUUAACUACAUUUGAACGUUUCGUUUUAAUUAUGUGUUCAGGAAAUGUAUUCGUUCUACCGAACGGAGACCACCCUGGGUAGCAAUCAUAAUUUGGAACACUGAGUAACCACACGAAAAAC